AUGAGGACAUGUUACGAUGCAGGAAUGGAAAAUUUUAUAUUCGAGGUAGUUACCGAUAAUGCUAUUCAUUUACCUCCUCAACCACGUGUACGAGAAGUCGUUGUGCCUACAUCUUAUCGGACGAAAAGUGGUGCGAAAUUCAAGGCCCGCGCACUUCAAUACUGUCUUGAGGACGAUGUGAACAUUCUCCAAAAUAACGACUGGAUUGUGCAUUUGGAUGAAGAGACGUUGCUAACCACGAACGCGGUGAGUUUUUUCUUCUUCGCCAACUUUUUUAUACUCAUAACAUUAUUUAUCAAAUUGCAGUAGGG